AAAAAAAAAAAAAAAAAAAAACAGAAGAAGAAGAGGCAGAAGCGGAAGAAGAAGGAGACGCGCUCUGCACCACCGAAGAAGAGCACACCAGGAAGCGGCCGCUACUCUCGUCGAGAUGGUGCUGAAGGAGCUUCCUGCGGACAGCGUGGCCCGCCCCCUGGGCAGGAACGAGGUCAUCGGCCUGCUCUUCAGACUCACCAUCUUCGGCGCCGUCACCUACUUCACCAUCAAGUGGAUGGUGGACGCCAUCGACCCGACCCGGAAGCAGAAGGUGGAGGCCCAGAAGCAGGCGGAGAAGCUGAUGCGUCAGAUCGGAGUCCAGAACGUCAAACUGUCCGAAUACGAGAUGAGCAUCGCAGCUCACCUGGUCGACCCGCUCAGCAUGCAGAUCAGGUGGCGGGACAUCGCAGGGCUGGACGAGGUGAUCACAGAGCUCAAGGACACGGUGAUCCUCCCCGUCCAGAAGAGACACCUGUUUGAGGGCUCCAGACUGCUGCAGCCCCCCAAAGGCGUGCUGCUGUACGGGCCGCCGGGCUGCGGGAAGACGCUCAUCGCCAAGGCGACGGCCAAGGAGGCGGGGUUCCGCUUCAUCAACCUGCAGCCGUCCACGCUGACCGACAAGUGGUACGGAGAGUCCCAGAAGCUCGCCGCCGCCGUCUUCUCAUUGGCUCUCAAGCUGCAGCCGUCAAUCAUCUUCAUCGACGAGAUAGACUCGUUCCUGCGCAGCCGUUCCAGCUCUGACCACGAAGCCACGGCCAUGAUGAAAGCUCAGUUCAUGAGCCUGUGGGACGGACUGGACACCGACCACCACUGCCAGGUGAUCAUAAUGGGAGCCACUAAUCGACCUCAGGAUCUGGACUCUGCCAUCCUCAGGAGGAUGCCCACCAGGUUCCACAUCAACCAGCCGAGUCAGCGGCAGAGGGAGCAGAUCCUCAGACUGAUCCUGGAGAACGAGAGCGUGGACUCGUCGGUCGACCUCGCCGACAUCGCCAAGGAAACGGACAGUUUCUCAGGAAGUGACCUCAGAGAGAUGUGCCGUGACGCCGCGCUGCUCUGCGUCCGCGACUUCGUCCACACGCAGAACGACAGCCCGGCAGAGGAGAGCAUCCGUCCCAUCCAUCAGUCCGACCUGCAGAAAGCCAUCAGCAAGAUGAAGAAGUCCAAAACAGCAGGAGGACAGAGCGCCUUGAUGCACGCUGCCCUGGACUGAGCCCACACACACACACACACACACACACACACACACACACACACACACACACACACAGACAGUCUCUUGUUGCACUUGCACAAACCAGUAGAGGUAUACAAAUGCAGUCAAACACUCACACACACACAUUGCCAUGUGCUCACACACACACUCACACACACACACACACACACUCACACACACCCUCUCGUGGGUGCAGCCUGCAGGUGCAGGUGGACUCUGUACAUAUCUGUGUUUACGUGUCGGCGGCCGGCGGCUGAGCCUGAGCCGCCGCUCCGUCUCCUCCGCUCUGAUUGGCUCUUCAUCCUGCUGAGACACGCCCCCUUCAGGGAGAACCUGGAAGUGCACACACACCUGUUCCCCAGCUCCAGGGAGAAGCCUGGAAACGUCAGUGAGUUCCAGCUGUGCUGAGAUCCAGAUGUUUCCUCAGCUGUGAGCCCAGCGGGACAAAACACCUUCAGCACGGUGCAGUCUGCUCCCUCUGAGGGAAGGUCCCGGAAGGUCCUGGAAGGUCCUGGAAGAACCCUGCGGGGCCACGCCGGCAGAAUCAACUGUCCCCAUGUUUUUGGCUUUCAGAAUUAUUAUUAUAAUAUUUUAACAUGAGAUUUAUAAGUGAUGAGCAGCGGUGAUGAGGCUCUGAUGACCAACAGCUGGAGGCUAAAGAGAAAUCAGAUGUUUUAUUAUAUUCCAAGAAAAAAAAAGAUUAAAGUGGUAAAUUUAUGAGAAAAAAAUGAAAAUUUCUGAGAUUAUAAACUUGCAAAGUUUUCCAGAAAUUCCUAACUUAAAUAAAAGAAACCCUGAUAUUCUGAGGUUAAAGUGGUAAAUUUCGGAGAGAAAAAUAGAAAAGUUACGAGAAACAAAAGGAGCAGAAAGUUUCUCGCUCGGCUCCGACGCUGAAAUACAAACUGUGUGAACGUCGAGGAGAAGGAAGCCGCUGGAAAAUGUUGUUGUUUAAAGACGGCGCGGCGCAGGACGGACGUUUGAACCGGAUCUGCAGGAGGAACGUCCGACUCCUGCGCCGCUUCCUGUCGCCGCUCCGAGGAACAUCAGCCGGUUUGACAGGGAACCAGGAAGCCAAACAAACUGUGAGAAGCAGGCGAGCGGCUCGGCGGCACGCACCACAACACCACUCUGUCUGUUUGUUUGUUUGUUUGUUUGUUUGUUUGUUUGUUUUGCCUGCAGCUGCUGGGCGACGUCAUGACGCCAAAAUGUGACAGAAUGUCCCUUUAAACAGGAUGCAACUGUAAUUAAGCCUGAUAGUGUAACAAUAAUAAUAAUAAUGCUGAUAAUAAUGUACGUGGUGGUGUUGCUGGGUAACGCUGAAGGGGCUAACACUGAUGAUGUCAUAGCGGCUCCACCCACUUUGAGCUUUUUUUUUUCUUUUUUUCAAAUGAACGCUGUUUUUUUUUUAUUAAAUAUUUUGAAUAAAUAAUGAGAGAAUAUAGCAAAUUCAAAAAGAACACACACACACACACACACACACACACACACACACACACACACCCACCCCGGUGUCAGAGAAGUGAUUAUGAUGUAAUUUAAUGUUUUUAUCUCACACUUCCACUGUAAUAACUGGUAUGACAUCAUCAGUAGGACGGCCUUCAGCGGUCAGGACGUGUCUUUAGUCUCUUGGGGACGCCCCCGUCUUUUCAGAGUAAAGUGUCUCCGAGCGUCGGCCUCAUGUUUCACACAGAACAUAUUUCACUGGAAAGACGUUUGGUUCAUUGUCAGAAAGUCAAAACUGUCAUUUGGAGGCUUUGAGGUGCCAAGGUGAGUGAGCAAAGAGGCUUUUAUUUUGUAAGGACCUCCUUGUGAAUAUGUAUAAACGAUGGUGAUGUUGUUGUUGUUGUUGUUGAUUGAACAUUGUUUUGUUUUGUUUUUGGGACUUGAUUUGACGUGCUCGGUUUGGAUUCUGCUCAAAUUAAAAGUCGACCAAACAGCA